AUGCCCAUGCAAUAAAAUAAGAGAAACGAAACAUACAAAAGAGGGAACAUUUAGAAAGAAAAAAAAAACAUACCUGGAAAUGACUGGGUAUGGGUUUAUCAAAGGGUCUAUGGGAAACUCAGUCAUCCUUAAAACGAAAAAAUUCCCAUUAGCAAUGAGACAAGAACAUGAAGACAACCCUCCCACUAUCAUCCCAUCUAUUCAAUCUUCCCUCUAUGUCUCUCCCCUCUUUUAAAUCAACCCCAUCUCUCUCUCCUGUCCCAUAACAAAUUCUCUCAAUCCCAACUUCAAUGGAACUCCAAUUCCAACAGCGGCAACAACAGCAACAACAACAACAACCACCCCAACAAGAGAUAUUAGUUGGUAAAGGCAGCAAAUUCAGGGGAAGAAGCAAAAGCCACAGCAGCAGCAACAACAAGUUUGUUGGUGUGAGGCAGAGGCCAUCUGGGAGAUGGGUGGCUGAGAUCAAGGACACAACACAAAAGAUAAGGAUGUGGCUUGGAACCUUUGAGACCGCUGAAGAAGCUGCGCGGGCUUACGACGAGGCCGCCUGCCUUCUCCGUGGGUCCAACACUCGCACCAACUUCAUCACCCAAGUCUCCUCCAAUUCGCCACUUGCUUCUCGCAUUCGCAAUCUCCUCAAUCACAAAAAACACCAAAAACAACAAUCCCCCACUCCCACUACCACUUCGAGUACUAGUACUAAUACUACUACCACUAGUAGCAGUGGUACGAGUUCUUGUAUAAGCAGGACUCUUUCUCAUGACACGAAUGAAAUGACCCAACUCUCUGAUAAUGAUUAUAGACCGGAUUUGAGUAAUUGCAGUGAAGAAUUUGAUUUGGGUUCUUCACGGUCUGAUCUAUCGUGGGUCCUUGAACCCGGGCUUGAUCGGUUUCCAUUCGCCCCAGACGCUUUGGAAUUGUCGAAGCAAACGUUCUUGCCGGAGAACGUGGAUUCGGAGACGGCAGAAUUCGAACGUAUGAAGGUGGAGAGACAGAUAUCGGCAUCGCUGUAUGCGAUCCAUGGUGUUCAUGAGUACUUGGAGACUGUCCAUGAUCCUACAACAGAGGCGUUUUGGGACCUACCCCCUCUGUGCCAGUUGUUCUGCCAAACCUGAUGGUUUGAUCAUCAUCUCUUCCUCUCUUUUUUUUUUCUUUUUUUUUUGUUUAAAUCUCCUCUUCCUUUCUUUUCUCUCUUUGCAUUGAGAAAGCUGAAGGAGACGAUGUUUUAAUUCCAAUAACUAGAUUUAGAGGGAUGGAUUGGGUUAUACUGUCAAUUGAAUCUAUUUGCAGUAUCUUGUCAA